AUGCGGGCCGGAGCAGCGAUCCUCCUCUUGCUGCUCUCCGCCGCGCCUCUCGCCGCGGGCCUGGCGGCCAGGCACCUGUGCGUUGCGCCCGCCCUCAGCCCCUCGCGUGCGGCGGCGUGCAGCUCACCCUGCAGCCGUCGCGGCGUCGUGCGGCGCACCAGAGACGUCCGCAUGGAGGAGGCGCCGUUCUGGGAGAAUGUGGGCCGGUUCAUGCGCUUCGGCGUCUCCGCGAUUAGCGGGCUCAUCAUCGGUCUGCUCGCGCCCUUUGCGUCUGUCUUUGGCCGCUCGCCCGCCGCCGCUGCCGUAGGCGCCUCGCUCGCGCUGGGCGUCGUCGUGUUUUUCUACGUGACACUGCAAGCCAUGGAAGCUCCGCCGGCUGACCUGAUGGCCGCGGACGUCGAGCCUUCUAUGCAGAGCAUGCUCAACGACCUCUACGGCUCUGGGACCUAG